GGGGGGUGGCGGGGCUGCUGCCUGUGAGUGACACACAAUGAGGCGAGCGGCGGCGGCGGGGCCGUGAGGGGCCGCGACCGAGGAGGCGGCGGCAGCGGCCGAGGCGGCGGGGAGGGGGGUGGGGGGGGACCAGAGAACGACUUGGCUCGUAGAAGGGGGGGGGGGGAAGAGAAAAGGGGGGGAAGAGACCCCCCCCCCGCCGACCGGCCAGCGAAACCGCCGCGGCGGGAGUGAGCGAGCGAGCGAGCGGGGCCCGUGGCGCUGCGCCCAGCCAUGGACAAUCAGUGCACAGUUCAAGUCAAACUGGAGCUGGGGCAUCGAGCCCAGCUGAGGAAGAAGCCUACCACUGAAGGCUUCACCCAUGACUGGAUGGUGUUCGUCCGCGGCCCGGAGCAGUGUGACAUCCAGCACUUCGUGGAGAGGGUGGUCUUCAGGCUGCAUGAGAGCUUCCCCAAGCCCAAAAGAGUGUGCAAGGAGCCCCCUUACAAGGUGGAGGAGUCUGGCUAUGCAGGCUUCAUUAUGCCCAUCGAAGUGCACUUCAAAAACAAGGAGGAGCCCAAGAAGGUUUGUUUCACCUAUGACCUCUUCUUAAACUUGGAGGGGAACCCACCUGUGAACCACCUGCGCUGCGAGAAGCUGACUUUCAACAACCCCACCAAGGAGUUCAGGCGCAAACUGAUCAAGGCUGGAGGGGUGAUGGUCAUGCCAGAAGGAGCAGAAGCAGUUUCAAGACCAAGCCCUGACUAUCCAAUGUUACCUACAAUCCCACUCUCUGCCUUCUCUGAUCCCAAGAAGACCAAACCAUCCCAUGGGUCAAAGGAUGCAAACAAAGAAAGCAGCAAAGCCUCCAAGCCACACAAAGUAACCAAGGAGCACAGAGAGAGGCCGAGAAAAGACUCUGAGAGCAAAAACUCCUCCAAAGACCUCGAAAGAGAGCAAAAUAAGCCUCUGAAGGACUCCUCCAGAAAGCCAACUGAGAGUAAACUGCCUAAGGAGGAGAAGGCACCUCCAAAAGCUGCUUUCAAGGAACCAAAACUGGCCGUGAAGGAGACCAAACUGGAGAACACUUCUCCAAAGGGUGGGCCACAGCCGGAGUUGAAGUCUUCCAGCAAGAGGCCUUCCAACGUGGAGUCACCAAAGCCUAGUGCCAAAAAGCAAAAGAAGAGUAGCUCCAAAGGGGUAAAGAAUAUCCUGGGGACAUCUCCCAGAACCUCAUCUUCCUCAUACCCAGAGAAGAAACAAACCAAGGAGAAGAUGAAUGCCAAAGUGGAAAAGGUAAAAGCUGAAAGCGAGGCCAAGGAGAUCAAAAAGCCUGUGGAGAUGGAGGAGUCCAACUCUGAGGAUGAAACUUCUUUCAAGUCAGAGUCUGUCCAGUCCAGCCCUUCCAACUCCAGCUCCAGCUCCGACUCCAGCUCUGACUCUGACUUCGAACCGUCUCAGAACCACAGCCAAGGUCCUCUGCGCUCCAUGGUGGAAGAUCUGCAGUCAGAGGAGUCAGAUGAUGAUGACAGCUCCUCUGGAGAGGAGGCAACAGUCAAAGCCAACCCAGUCAGCCGCGAUUCCAGACUGAGCCUUAGCGACAGCGACAGCGACAACAGCGCAGAUUCCUGCCUGCCGAGUCGAGAGCCACCUCCUGGGCAGAAGCUGCCCCCUGCAAACAACAAGGCAUCUGGAAGAAAAAGCCCAGAGUCUUGUAACAAGCCAGAGAAGAUCCUGAAGAAGGGAACCUAUGACAAGGCCUACACUGAUGAGUUAGUGGAGCUCCACAGGCGGCUGAUGGCACUCCGAGAGCGCAACGUGCUGCAGCAGAUUGUGAACCUGAUUGAGGAAACUGGGCAUUUCAAUGUCACCAACACAACCUUUGACUUUGACCUCUUCUCCCUGGAUGAGACGACCGUCCGGAAGCUGCAGAGCUACCUGGAAGCCGUAGCCACAUGACGCUUGGCCUCUGGAAGCAGCCUGCUUUGGAAACCCAAACUUCCCUCCCCUUCCUUUUUUGAUUGGUACCAGGAAAUGAACCACCACCACCACCCCAAUACCACCAUCACUACCACCCCAUCACCAUGGAACUAGGCCUUUCUUAAUCCUCUCUGAUUGCCCCGAAGCACUGCCUUAGAGAACAGCUCUGCUCUCUGGAUGCACACAGCCCAGCUGCACUUUUCCUUUGUAGGCUUCAACCCAAGCAAGCAGCCAGCAAAAGCUGAGUUUGGCCUCCCUCAAGCUUCCUGAGCAUGCUUGGGGGCACCAGGUCCUGAGCACACUUGGGGCACCAGGUCCUGAGCAGAGCAGCAGAUGUGCUGCGCUCAGCUGCGCAGCAGCCACAGCCUGACCUUUACUUUGGGGGGGGGUUUUUUGUUUCCCUUUUGGGUUGGUCGAGUUUGCUUUUGUUGUCCUUUUGACUUCCAGCCAGACUGUGGGGUUUGGGGUUGUUGGGGUUUUUUUUUUGGUUCUGAGCACGUUCUCAGGCAUCUCUGAGAGCUGAAGCAGCGUUGGAGGAGGAGAAAGAGGAGGAGAAGAAGGAGAAAGAGGAGGAGGAUGAGGAGAAAGAGGAGGAGGAGAAAGAGGAGGAGGAUGGUUUGGUUUUUUUCCUUCAUCAAAAUCCUAGGGACCAGCCUGCCUACAGAGAGCUCAGCUGUGUAGGUAAGAUUGGCUUUUACAAAGCUAGCCAGAGAGAGACUGAUGCCAGAGGAGGCUUCCCAGGGAGAAAAAGAAACCAAUGAAGGGGAUAGAGGAGAGAGGGAGAGAGAGAGAGAGAGAGAGAGAGAAAGAUCCUACAACAAGUGACCAGAUCCCACUUUUGGAUCAAUCUCAAAGCUCUUCUCUCACUUGGGGCUCUUCUCAUUCCCCUUACAAGGGCAAUCCUUCAAAGCUUCCUGCAGGGGAACCAAGUUCCUGUGCUCUUUGAAGAGGAGAGACCUCUGCAAAUCUCCUUAUCCUCCCUCUGCCUUUGGUGGGGGGGGGGGGGGAGGAGGAAGGGGAAGGGGGAAGAGAGCUGCUGGGAGAUGUUUUAUCCAUCCUGAGCUCCUAAAAAAGAAGGAAGAAAGUCUCAACUCCUGCUUGAUUUGGUUUGAUUUUCAGUUCUGCUUUCACUGUAAGAGGGACUCCAAACCUGUAAGCUGUAUAUUUGAUCUAUAUAUAUUAUAUAUAUGUAUGUACUGUA